AGCAGCAGCAGGCCGUUGUUUACGGGGGGCAGAGAUUUUUUUUAAGGACUCCGUGUUUGCUGGCUCUCCUAAACCAUCAGGCAGGACGAAAAACAGCACCGAAUAAACCGGAAGUCAGGUGUUGCGUUUGCAGGUAUCUUAACUCCGGUUCCUUUUGAUAAGAAGACGCCGUCCUGGGAUGCUUAAGACCCGGUUGUUCCAGAGGUUGCUUAAAAGGCUCAGUGGGCUGUAGCAUCCAGAGCUGGUUCUCACAUGCCACUGGUUAAGCCCUGAGACGACAGCACCAUGGACAACCGUGAAGAUGCCAAGGAGCUGAACGGCAGUGCCGCUCACACCCCCGAUCAGCUGGCGCCGCCAAAGGAGAGCAUGCAGCUUAAGAAGGAGAUCUCACUGCUGAACGGGGUCAGCCUUAUUGUAGGAAACAUGAUUGGUUCUGGCAUCUUUGUCUCCCCCAAAGGCGUGUUAUUCUACAGUGCCUCAUACGGGCUGUCGCUUGUCAUCUGGGCCAUCGGGGGUAUAUUCUCCGUGGUGGGGGCCCUCUGUUACGCUGAGCUGGGCACCACCAUCACUAAAUCAGGGGCCUCUUAUGCAUACAUCUUGGAGUCAUUUGGUGGCUUCAUUGCAUUUAUUCGAUUGUGGACAUCUUUGUUGAUCAUUGAGCCCACUAGCCAAGCAGUUAUAGCCAUUACAUUUGCAAACUAUCUUGUGCAGCCGCUCUUUCCAACAUGUGAACCUCCCUAUGCAGCAGCCAGGUUCAUCGCCGCAGCGUGUAUAUGCCUUCUUACUUUUAUCAACGCUGCUUAUGUGAAGUGGGGCACUCGUGUGCAGGAUGUUUUCACCUAUGCAAAGGUGGCAGCGCUCAUUGUCAUCAUAGUCACUGGCAUCGUGAAGCUGUGUCAGGGCUACACCUCCAACUUUGAGUCAUCCUUCCAGGGCUCGUCUACAGACGCUGGCGACAUUGCACUGGCACUUUACUCCGCCCUCUUCUCUUACUCCGGCUGGGAUACCCUCAACUUUGUCACAGAAGAGAUUAAAAACCCCGAAAGGAACCUACCACUGGCUAUUGCCAUCUCCAUGCCCAUAGUUACCAUCAUCUACAUCCUGACUAAUGUGGCUUACUACGCUGUUCUGGACAUUAGUGCAAUACUGGCCAGUGAUGCAGUGGCAGUGACAUUUGCAGAUCAUACUCUGGGAGUGAUGAGCUGGAUCAUCCCCAUUGCUGUUGCUUUGUCCUGUUAUGGAGGCCUUAACGCAUCCAUCAUAUCUGCCUCCAGGUUGUUCUUUGUGGGCUCUCGUGAGGGUCACCUUCCAGAUGCUCUGUCCAUGAUCCACAUCAAGAGAUUCACUCCGAUCCCUGCUCUGAUCUUCAAUUGCCUCAUGUCGCUGAUCUACUUGACAGUGGAAGACAUCUUCCAGCUGAUCAACUACUACAGCUUUAGCUACUGGUUUUUCAUGGGUCUGUCUGUCGCUGGCCAAAUUUACCUCCGCAGGAAGGAGCCUGACCGACCCAGACCCCUCAAGCUGAGUUUGUUCUAUCCAGUGGUGUUUUGUUUGUGCGCUGUGUUCCUGGUGGCCGUGCCUCUCUACAGCGACACAAUCAACUCUCUGAUCGGCAUCGCCAUUGCCCUGUCAGGCGUGCCCGUCUACUUCCUCGGCGUCUAUCUGCCAGAGUCCAAACGGCCGCCUGUCAUCACCAAACUGCUCCGUUCUGUGACACUUUUCACCCAGUACACCUGCUACUGCGUACUGACAGAACUGGACAAAAGCCAGUAGGACCACAAAAGGUUUUUAACUCAGAUCUACAGCUGACAGUCACCAGGGGAAACAGACAACAGGUCCUGUCACACAGGAAAAUGGAUUUGACUUUUAUUUUUUAUGUAUUGCACAUUAUGCUGAAGCAUUUAAACUUCACUUGUUUACGACACUGAAAAUGCUGCCAGAUUCACACGUUUGCUUUUGCAAUUUACAGACCUUUCUAAGGGAUUCAACCGUUCAGGACAGGUUUCAGGUAUUCAUCAAAUAUGGGGAUUGACACUGGGUUAUUAUAGAUUUAUUUCUACAGCACCCUAUUUAAUGACCAGCAUUGUAAAUGAUUUGCCUUCUUUUAUUCAAAAUGUUAAUAUACCUGAGAUUUUCUUUUUAAUGAGUGCAGCAGUGGCUGUCAAAGAUUUUAUAACGAUGCAUUAAAGUGACUUUAUUAAAUAUUACCUUUAAGUUAUUGUGUGCAGUAUGUGUGAGUAGUAGAUGCUUGUGUGUAAUUCUGUCUGGUUCACUUUGCAUGAAUGAAAUGAGGGAAGAAAAUCUUUUCUCUAAUGCUCUGUGAAACUAUUAAAUGAAAGGAUGUUUAUUAACUGUAGGGGGUGUGUUUGCUUAAGUGUUGGAGAAAAAUAUGCAGAAACUUGUAGCCUUAUUAAACCCCAUUAUUCUUUACAGUAUUACUAGACAGUUAAAACUUGUCAAAAUGGCAUUAAACUUCACAUGGUUAUGAACUUAUGUGCAAUUAUCACUUUCAUGUCUUAAGUAUAAAAGCUGUUGCAGUGGAACGCAGAAUUCAAUGUAAUGUUCCACCCCUUCAACCUACUAUGCAGGCUGCUCAAAUCAUGUAUUAAGAAUUAUCUAGUAGUUUCUCAAAUGGCUAUAAUAGUUGUGAACCUUAUAGUUGCUACUCAUUAACGAACCAAUUUGAGCAGAUUAUCGAGCUCGUCUUCUCAGAUUCUUUCUUUAUGCUCGCUCUCACUUGUCUACCUCACAUUUCAAUUCCACUGCCUCAGGACAUCAGCUGAGUAAAAACAGCUUUUAAAAGUACUGGGUGGUGUCUGCAAGAACAGGUGGAGUCUUUUUUGUGUCUACGCAAUGUUCAACUAUACUGUCAUUUAGAUUUCAUCAGCUGUGGAAAACUGGAUUUAACACUUUGGAUUAUGCAUGACAGGAUCACAGGCUCAAUGUCCAAAUGAUGUUCUGGUUUAUGAAUAAAUGGUUAAAACUGACCCACUUUUGUGUUUAUUUAAGAAGCACUGAGACACUUGUUAUUUUGAAAGCUUUCUUUUUAUACACAUCUACAUAUUUACAAAAACUUUUAAUUCAACAAGCAUCCGAGAGAAACAAUCCAAACUUCAAAAAUGGACCUUCUGAACCAAACUCGCAUACGCACAACAGAAAUUACGCACCACGCUUUCACAUUAUGCCAAGUCUAACACACAAUUACACGUACACACAUGCACGAAAGGCAAACACCCUAAUUUGCAACCGCACGCGGCCCAAGACAUCACACUAACAGAAGGUUGAACAGCACGAAGCAUACAAAGCAAGUCACGCUAAUGUGCAACAUUUUCUAACACACACGUCCACUUUGAACAAACACCCAUACGAAAUUCACUCCACCAGUUAAAAAUAAACAAAAGACUCUGGAGAUAACGCCGAACUCUUUGACAUCUGUGUAGUAAAGAGAGGACUUCGGCUUAAGAAGAUGGUCAUAGAUACAAGCCAUGAAUGCAUUUGUUUUAGUGUCUUCAAGUUUAGUUUCACCACAAAA